AUGUUUACUAAAAUUUUUUCUAAGCGCUUUUUUUACAAUUUCGCAAAGAAAGCAACACUACCAACCAUAGCAGCUGCAGGAACUUUAGGAUUGAUUUAUAACAUCAAUAAAGAUCCCUUUAGAAGUAUCAAUGAAAGUAGCCAAAGCAAGCACGAAAGAGGAGAGAAAUACAAGUAGGUAUAGGAAAAUAUGUUGAGGGAGCAAGAGGCAAGUAAGAAUUAGUUUAGUGAAAACGAUAUCAUUACACCUACUUCUCAGCUAUUUUUUAGCUCAGAGUCAAGUUAGAAAUCUGGUUUAUUAGUAUUUACUGGAUCAGGAAAUCGUGAACUAGCAAAGGAAGUAGUUUCUCAAUUAGAUAUCUAGUUGAGUAGAAUCUCAAUUCAUAAAAAUCCAGAGUCAGAAACAGAGAUAGAAAUACUAGAUUCAGUAAGAGGUAAAAGGGUUUUUGUAAUCUAGUCCUUAUGUUAACCAAGUAUAAAUGAUAAUAUCAUGGAGUUAUAUUUAAUGUGCUCUGCUUUAAAGCGUUCUGGAGCAGCCAAAGUUACUUGCAUUGUCCCAUAUUUUGCUUAUUCACGUCAGACAUCAGCGGAAUCUGAUAAAGAACGUCGCUCAUUGAAUGGAUCAGAUAUUUGCCUAAUGUUAUAAACUAUGGGAUGUGACCAAGUUAUAACAAUAAAUUAUGGUUAGAUAGAAGUUAAAGGAUUUUUUGCACCUAGAGUACCUAUAUUAAAUAUAGAUGUAAAUGAAAUGGUCGUUCCUUACCUCUUAGAAAAAGGUAUAGAAAAUCCAGUUCUUAUAGGAGCUCACUUACGUUCACGUAAUGUCAAGAGACUUAUUGGACUUCAUAAAAUUUUUAACCUUUUCGACUAAAAUCCCAGUCUUGGAUUCAUGAUUAGAGGUAAUGCAGAGAAGAUUGAAUAUAUAGGUGAAGAUGUUAAAAAUCGUGAUUGUAUUCUUUUUGAAAAUUUAAUUGAUAGUGGUAAUUCAUUGUAAGAAUUAAGUUUAAAGCUUCAUAAAGAUGGAGCUCGCAGAAUAUUUUGGUUUAGUCCUCAUGGAUUAUUUACAGAUAAUGCAUAAAAGUUAAUUAAAAACAGCUUUGUUGAAGAAUGCAUUGUUACUAAUACUUGUGAAGAAGUUAAGCCUUAACACCCCAAGAUUUAAUAUUUAUCUGUUGCUAAACUAUUGGCUGAAGUCAUCUCCUUCUUACAUUCAGGUCACUCAUUAGAUUAGUUUAGAAGAUCUCGCUCACUUCUUAAGUUCUAUUCUCCUCCUACUGAUCAUCCUCACAAUGAAAAAAUACAUCACCAAAAUUUUAAUAGAUCUUAAUUUACUUUCCAUCUUUGA